AUGGAGGGCGACACCGCAAAGACAUUGAAGCCCAAGGAGAAGAAGAAGGUUGAGAAAAGGAAGAAGAUGGAGAAGCUGCAGAAGUUUCUCGCCGAGUCGAAGAUGCAAGUGCGCGAGCCUCCAAAAGGCUCUGAAUGCCACCCGACAGGAGCUCUGCCUCUUCGAGCUGCGUUGGUGGGCGAGAGCAGGGCAAAGUUCGAGCUUCUGUCCCAAAAGGCCUCCGCCCUGGACCUGGAUGCAGUCAUCGCCCGCCUCGUCGAGAAGGGGGACUACAAAGCCGAGAAGGCGAAGAGGGCCGCUGAUGAGUACCGGAAGUUCCUCGUGUUGAUGGGCAUGGGGAAGACACCCUUGGCCUCCAAGAUGGUCCUUGAUGCCUGGCAGGCCCACGUCAUGCCGCCAGCCCUGAAAACAGAGUUGGUUUCCUCGGUAGGCAUCGCCAGGUACACGAAGAUGUACGAGCAGGAUUGCGCGACGGUCUUCGGCCACUUCUUGGAGCACGACCCCCUCAACCAGCAAAUGGACGAGGGCCGUCUGGAGCAAACGAAGCAGCAGAUUUGCGACUACUUCGGCAGGGUCGACCCACUUGUUUGGGCCAAGCCCUCGAAGGCAUCGAAACCAGUCGCUUUGUCCCAGAGCACGGACAUCGCUGAGGCAGCCCAGGCCACGAUGGAGGCGUGGCUGGACCACAUCAACGACAAAAUUCAGCUGCGUCAUGAGCUUGUGACAGAGGACGUGCACUUGAUGGUGCUUUCACAGCACCUCGACAGAGCGGUGGGCCAGGCCGGACAGACUGACGUCAGUGUGACCACUGCUGCCAUGGAGUCUUGGAUGCAGAGCCUGAACGAGCCCGAUCCCAAAGAAGCUCUCCUGGCGUCCGACGCACGCCUGGUCCUGGUGGCGCAGAACGUCCUAGGGGAUCCGAUCGUAUACCAGGGAAAGGCUGAGGUGAUGAACUUCUUCCAGGGCUAUGAGCAUGCUGUCGGGGCUCGAGAGUUCCUGUCUGUGGACGGAGGUGCCUUCAUGAUCGAGGUUUCGCACGGCAUGCCCCACCCGCGCAUGGGAAUCCUGAUUUUCGAGGUGAACCCCGACGGCAAGAUCCAGAACAUCAAGGUCUGGACGGGCGACCUGCGGGACGACACUGCAGACUUGGACGACAGCGGCUUGACAGGCGUCGCAAGCCUGGCGCAGAGGGCGGGCACGACUGAGCACACAGAGUGCCGGCAAUCGGGGAGCCAACCGUCGCUCGAGCAGAUGCGCAGGUUCAACGCCUCUGCCGAGAAGGUCAAAGCGCUGGAUAUGGCCGCCGUGGUGGCCGUCCUGGUGCAGAGGGACGGCUACUCGCCUACGAAGGCAGCAGAGCUUGCAGAGGAGUACCGCAAAUACUUGGCCCUGGUGGGCACCGGCCUGCAGCCAGUGCCGUCGAAGAAGGUGGAUGAUGCCUGGCACGCCCACAUCCUGAACACCAAGAACUAUGCCGCGGACACGCAGGCGCUCUUCGGCCACUUCCUCCAUCACGAGCCGGCCAACCUUCUCCUAAACGAGCAGGGCCUGCAGGAGCAGAAAUCCUCCAUGGACAACAUGUUCGUGAGCACCAAGAUGCAGAUUUGCGACUUCUAUGGUCGCGUGAACGAGGACGCAUGGGCCAAGGAGGAUGUGGCACUUU